UGAUGAUCUACGGAAGGUAGCGGGAAGCCGCUGGAUGCAGAUGGCGGGUGACCGUAUGGGGUGGCGAUCGUUAGGAGAGGCCUAUGUCCAACAGUGGACUAUAGAAGGCUGAGAGAGAGAACCAUAAAAAACAAUGGGGAUCAUGAUAGUUUAGUUUCAAUUUACAGGAAGAUAUUUUUAUUACUCACUCACCAUUACGGUAUGUUAUGUUAAUGUGACGCGUGUAUUUAAUUUCACGCAUAACAUUUGCUAUUGUAUUUCAGUAACGUCGAAUAUGUUUUUCCGCGGACACUUUCUGCGUGAAUCACGAAAAUAAUAAACUUUGUUCUCUAACAAGUUUUAAUAAAGAAACGUACUAAUUCUGUGGAAAAUAACAGCUAAGUAUAAUAAUACAAAUCACUAACGUAACUGACAGAGCUAGCACGUGAAUACCUGAAAACAAUAUUCAGCGAGCAGUUCUUAAAUACGGCAUGCCGAUAAUGAUUGCCACACAUUGUCCGAUCUCCGAAAUAUUACGAGCCAAUUAGCAUUAUUAAAGACACCAGACGCGUACAAUGUACUUAAACAAAUACUCCUGGCAAGAGUCGUUUAGUCGGAAUGUUGAAGAUAGUGUUGUUGGUUGUGUGCGUGGCGCUGCCGCUGGGAGCCCCCAAGGAGCACCGGCACCGAUUGCGAGAGUACAAGCGGAGCCUCGACGUGGACAAGGCUCUAAAGGAGAAGAUUAAGAGAGACGCUGCGGAACUGAUGAGGGAGAAGGAGGAGCAGUUUGAGGCCGAGAGGGAUUACUGGAUGGAGAAGUACCGACACAGGCAGCCGCACGCCCCCGCGCCCGCGCCCCCGCCCCCCGCCAGGGCGCCGCCCGCCUGCCCCGCCGGGACCACCUCCAUCAACGGAAUCUGUGUCAAAAUCAACGGACUGUAGACACUGCCUAGUUAGCCAAAGAUUGAAUAGUUUAAGUUGAUUAAUAAUUGUGUGUAAAUAAUGAAUGUUGUGUACCGAGUGCUGGUGUUUGGGAGUUAAUAAACGGACUGAACAGCUU